GGAGCCGCGGCCGCGGGAGCGCGGUCCCGGAAAGAGCCGCGAGAUGCGCCUUACUCACAUCUGCUGCUGCUGCCUCCUUUACCAGCUGGGGGUCUUGUCGAAUGGGAUCGUUUCAGGGCUGCAGUUCACCCCCGACCGCGAGGAGUGGGAAGUCGUGUUUCCUGCACUCUGGCGCCGGGAGCCGGUGGAUGCGGCGGGCGGCAGCGGGGGCAGCGCGGACCCGGGCUGGGUGCGCGGCGCUGGGGGCGGCGGAGGCGCCCGAACUCAGGCGGCCGGCAGCUCCCGCGAGGUGCGCUCGGUGGCCCCGGCGCCGCCGGGAGAGCCCGCCGAGGGCCAGUCCGCACCCCGGCCCCGACCUCGGCCGCCGUCGCCGCCAGCGGGCGAGGAGGACGAGGAGUUCGAAUCGCAGGAGCUGCCGCGGGGAUCCGGUGGGGCUGCCGCCCUGUCCCCGGGCGCCCCGGCCUCGUGGCAGCCGCCGCCCCCACAGCCACCCCCGUCUCCUCCCCCGGCCCAGGAAGCCGAGUCGGACGGUGACGAGGUACUGCUGCGGAUCCCGGCCUUCUCCCGGGACCUGUACCUGCUGCUCCGGAGAGAUGGCCGCUUCCUGGCGCCGCGCUUCGCGGUGGAGCAGCGGCCGAGUCCGGGCCCCGUCCCGACGCUGGCAGCAGCGGCCCGGCGCCCUCCGGCGCCGCCCGACGCCUCCUGCUUCUACACCGGGGCGGUGCUGCAGCACCCUGGCUCGCUGGCCUCUUUCAGCACCUGUGGAGGUGGCCUGAUGGGAUUUAUACAGCUCAAUGAGGACUUCAUAUUUAUUGAACCACUCAAUGAUACAAUGGCCAUAACGGGUCACCCACACCGUGUAUAUAGGCAGAAAAGGUCCAUGGAGGAAAAAGUCACAGAGAAGUCAGCUCCUCACAGUCAUUACUGUGGUAUCAUUUCAGACAAAGGAAGACCUAGAUCUAAAAAAAUAACAGAAAGUGGAAGAGGGAAACGAUAUUCAUACAAAUUACCUCAAGAAUACAACAUAGAGACUGUAGUGGUUGCAGACCCAGCAAUGGUUUCCUAUCAUGGAGCAGAUGCAGCCAGGAGAUUCAUUCUAACCAUCUUAAAUAUGGUUUUUAACCUUUUCCAACACAAGAGUCUUGGUGUGCAGGUCAAUCUUCGUGUGAUAAAGCUUAUUCUGCUCCAUGAAACUCCAGCAGACCUAUAUAUUGGGCACCAUGGAGAGAAAAUGCUAGAGAGUUUUUGCAAGUGGCAGCAUGAAGAAUUUGGCAAAAAGAAUGAUAUACAUUUAGAGAUGUCUACAAGCUGGGGAGAGGACAUGACUUCAGUGGAUGCAGCUAUACUUAUAACAAGGAAAGAUUUCUGUGUUCACAAAGAUGAACCAUGUGAUACAGUUGGUAUAGCUUAUUUGAGUGGAAUGUGUAGUGAAAAGAGAAAAUGUAUUAUUGCUGAAGACAAUGGCUUGAAUCUUGCAUUUACAAUUGCUCAUGAAAUGGGUCACAACAUGGGCAUUAAUCAUGACAAUGACCACCCAUCAUGUGCUGAUGGUCUUCAUAUCAUGUCUGGUGAAUGGAUUAAAGGACAAAAUCUUGGUGAUGUUUCAUGGUCCCGAUGUAGCAAGGAAGAUUUGGAAAGAUUUCUAAGGUCAAAGGCCAGUAGCUGCUUGCUACAGACAAAUCCCCAGAGUGUCAAUUCCGUGAUGGUUCCUUCCAAGUUGCCAGGGAUGACCUACACUGCUGAUGAGCAAUGUCAGAUUCUCUUUGGGCCAUUGGCUUCCUUUUGUCAAGAGAUGCAGCAUCUUAUUUGCACAGGGUUGUGGUGCAAGGUAGAGGGUGAGAAAGAAUGCAGAACCAAGCUGGAUCCACCCAUGGAUGGAACGGACUGUGACGCUGGUAAGUGGUGUAAGGCUGGAGAAUGUACCACCAGGACCUCAGCACCUGGACAUGUGGCCGGAGAGUGGAGCAUGUGGAGUCCCUGUAGCCGAACCUGCAGUUCUGGGAUCAGCAGUCGAGAGCGCAAAUGUCCUGGGCUAGGUUCUGAAGCAAGGGAUUGUAAUGGUCCCAGAAAACAAUACAGAAUAUGUGAGAAUCCACCUUGUCCUGCAGGUUUGCCUGGAUUCAGAGACUGGCAAUGUCAGGCCUAUAGUGUUAGAACUUCAUACCCAAAGCAUGGUCUUCAGUGGCAAGCUGUCAUGGAUGAAGAAAAACCAUGUGCCUUGUUUUGCUCUCCUGUUGGGAAAGAACAGCCUAUCCUUCUAUCAGAAAAAGUAAUGGAUGGAACUUCAUGUGGAUAUCAGGGAUUAGAUGUCUGUGCAAAUGGCAGGUGUCAGAAGGUUGGCUGUGAUGGUUUUUUAGGGUCCCUUGCAAGGGAAGAUCACUGUGGUGUAUGCAAUGGCAAUGGAAAAUCAUGCAAAAUUAUUAAAGGAGAUUUUAAUCACACCAGAGGAGCAGGUUAUGUAGAAGUGCUGGUGAUACCUGCUGGAGCAAGAAGAAUCAAAGUUGUGGAGGAAAAGCCGGCACAUAGCUAUUUAGCUCUACGAGACACUGGAAAGCAGUCUAUUAAUAGUGACUGGAAGAUUGAACACUCGGGAGCAUUCAACUUAGCGGGCACUACUGUUCAUUAUGUAAGACGAGGCCUCUGGGAGAAGAUCUCCGCCAAAGGUCCUACCACAUCACCUCUGCACCUCCUGGUGCUGCUAUUUCAAGACCAAAAUUAUGGUCUUCACUAUGAAUAUACUAUCCCGUCGGACCCUCUUCCAGAGAAUCAGAGCUCAAAAGCACCCGAACCCCUUUUCAUGUGGACGCACACAGGCUGGGAAGAUUGUGAUGCCACGUGUGGAGGAGGAGAAAGGAAGACAACAGUGUCUUGCACAAAAAUCAUGAACAAAAACAUCAGCAUUGUGGACAACAAGAAAUGCAAAUACCUAACCAAGCCUGAGCCACAGAUUCGCAAGUGUAAUGAGCAACCAUGCCAAACAAGAUGGAUGAUGACGGAAUGGACCCCCUGUUCACGAACUUGUGGAAAAGGGAUGCAGAGCAGACAGGUGGCCUGUACCCAACAGUUGAGCAAUGGGACUCUGAUCAGAGCCCGGGAGAGGGACUGCUCCGGGCCUAAGCCUGCCUCCGCCCAGCGCUGUGAGGGUCAGGACUGCAUGACCGUAUGGGAGGCAGGAGUGUGGUCUGAGUGUUCGGUCAAGUGUGGCAAAGGCGUACGUCACCGGACCGUGAGGUGUACGAACCCUAGAAAGAAAUGUGUCCUCUCCACCAGACCCAGGGAGGCUGAAGAUUGUGAGGAUUACUCAAAAUGCUAUGUGUGGCGAAUGGGUGACUGGUCUAAGUGCUCAAUUACCUGUGGCAAAGGAAUGCAGUCCCGUGUUAUUCAGUGCAUGCAUAAGAUCACAGGAAGACAUGGAAAUGAAUGUUUUUCUUCAGAAAAACCUGCAGCAUACAGGCCAUGCCACCUUCAGCCUUGCAAUGAGAAGAUUAAUGUAAAUACCAUAACAUCACCCCGGCUGGCUGCGCUGACUUUCAAGUGCCUGGGAGACCAGUGGCCUGUGUACUGCCGAGUGAUACGUGAGAAGAACCUAUGUCAGGACAUGCGCUGGUAUCAGCGCUGCUGUGAGACGUGCAGGGACUUCUAUGCCCAAAAGCUGCAGCAGAAGAGUUGA